UGUGGGCGGGAUUUGACGGUUUGAAGGCGGGAAUCUAGUUGACAGACAGAAACCGGGAGCCCCUGCAACCAAUCAGAGACCUCUGUGUUCAUUUUUACCGUUAAAAUAUUCCGGUAAAGCGGGACCGUGUUUGCGGAACUCGAGGCGUGUGUGUAUGUGGUAGCGAGAGCUGUACAGGGAGCUAUACGGGAAGCUCCGCCAAAGCAGGCGGAGUCGGAAACGCGGAAAGCUCGAAGCUGUGCGCCUGAGAUCCGGAGGAGCUGUGCGCUGUUGCCCGGGGAGCUCACAGCCGAGCUGCCGUGAACACUGGAGCGUCACCGCCUAUCAGUUCAGCGUAAAACUUCCCCCUUCCCUUCGCCAGGCCCCACAUCCAUCCCUUCAUCCCUCCAUCCAUUCUUUUCUUUUCGAAGACCAAAAAGCAGCAGUUUCUCCGGGACUCUGUCUUCUCCUUGUGCUUUUAUAAACUCCCUGAAAAUGGACGGUUUCGCCGGCAGUUUAGAUGACAGUAUUUCGGCAGCGAGUGUGUCGGACAUGCAGGACCGGCUGUCGUCUCUGGAGCUGCGUGUGCAGCAGCAGGAAGAUGAGCUCACCGUGAUGAAGGCCGCAUUGGCUGACGUGCUCCGACGUCUCGCGCAGUCUGAGGACAUGGCUGCCAAGAAGCAGCAGAACACCAAAGGUUCGACACCGCUGCGCGAGGCUUUCUCCAUGUCCUGUAUCGCUAACGGUGGCUCCAGCGGCCUCAAAUCUCACCGAGGCAGCUCCAACGUGUCCGUAGCCAGGAAAGAGACGCUGUCCUCCGCAGCCAAAAGCGGCACGGAGAAGAAAAAAGACAAGCCUCUGCUAGAGGAGAUCAAGGAGAAGGAAGAACCACCACAAGCUAACGAUAAACCCCCUUCAACACCCAGCACACCACAGGCACCAUCCCCUUCCAGCCAACCCCCUUCCCCUCAUCCCCUGCAGCCCCAGAGGGCCACCCAUGAGAGCAAGGGGUUCUCCCCAGCCAAAAGGGGCCACAGUGCAAAGCGUAGUGGAGGAAUGGAGCGCUCACAGAGCACCACAUGGGAGAGCGGCGAGGAGAACAGGAACAAGCUGGUGAAAGCCGCCUCCACUUCCAAACUGCUGGCCAAAGUUGUGAAGAAUUCAGAGAAACACAGAGAUCCAGUUAUCAGCCAAGCCAAAAUGUCGACUCGUGAGAAAAACAGUCAAGAGGGUGACUAUAUCAAGAUGUUCAUGCGCGGACGACCAAUCACCAUGUUCAUCCCGUCUGAUAUAGAGAACUACGACGACGUGCGAACUGAGCUUCCCUCUGAGAGACUCAAGCUGGAGUGGGUAUACGGCUACAGGGGCCGAGACUGCAGGGCAAACGUGUAUUUGUUGCCCACUGGGGAGAUCGUCUAUUUUAUCGCCUCAGUGGUGGUGCUGUUCAACUAUGAAGAGCGAACACAGCGUCACUACCUAGGGCACACUGACUGUGUGAAAUGUCUCGCUGUUCACCCGGAUAAGAUCCGCAUCGCUACAGGACAGAUCGCAGGAGUGGACAAAGACGGCAGGCCAUUGCAGCCACAUGUGAGAGUUUGGGACUCUGUCACUCUGCAAACACUGCAGAUUGUUGGCUUGGGCACCUUUGAAAGAGGAGUGGGAUCCCUUGCUUUUUCUAAAGCAGACUCGGGCAUCCACCUCGGUGUGGUGGACGACUCCAAUGAGCACAUGCUGACUGUGUGGGACUGGCAGAAGAAGUCCAAAAUAGCUGAGAUUAAGACCACCAACGAGGUUGUCUUAGCCGUUGAGUUCCACCCAACAGACGCAAACACAAUCGUCACCUGCGGCAAAUCACACAUCUUUUUCUGGACGUGGAGCGGCAACUCUCUGGCUCGCAAGCAGGGCAUCUUUGGGAAAUAUGAAAAACCCAAGUUUGUGCAGUGUCUGGCCUUCCUUGAUAACGGUGACAUUCUGACCGGAGACUCAGGAGGUGUCCUGCUUAUCUGGACCCGCAGCACAGCGGACCCACCACCAGGCAAAGGACUUAAAGCAUUUCAGAUCAGCCGUCAGAUCAAGGCCCACGAUGGCAGUGUGUUUACACUGUGUCAGCUGAGGAACGGCACCUUAUUGACCGGAGGAGGUAAAGACCACAAGAUCAUCCUGUGGGACCACAACCUCAACCCCGAGAGAGACAUCGAGGUUCCAGAUCAAUACGGAACCAUUCGAGCCGUCGCAGAGGGGAAGGGAGAGCAGUUCCUCGUGGGCACGUCACGCAACUUCGUCCUGAGGGGAACUUUUAAUGACGGCUUUCAGGUGGAGGUGCAGGGUCACACAGAUGAGCUGUGGGGUUUGGCCAGUCAUCCAUAUAAAGACCUUUUCCUCACCUGUGCGCAGGACAGACAGGUGUGUCUGUGGAACUCAGUGGACCAUUCACUGGAAUGGACUAGACUGCUGGACGAGCACGGUCACUGCGCCGACUUCCACCCUAGCGGUGCUGUGGUUGCCAUUGGCACUCAUUCAGGGAAGUGGUACGUUCUGGAUGCUGAGACUAGGGACCUGGUGGCCAUCCACACAGACGGCAACGAGCAGUUGUCAGUGAUGCGCUACACUGUGGAUGGUACACUGCUGGCAGUGGGAUCACAUGAUAACUUCAUUUACCUCUACACAGUAUCGGAUAACGGACGCAAGUACAGCAGAUACGGAAAAUGCUCUGGACAUUCCAGCUACAUUACGCAUCUUGACUGGUCCCCCGACAACAAGUUCAUUAUGUCCAACUCAGGAGACUAUGAAAUCCUCUACUGGGACAUUCCAAAUGGCUGUAAGCUGAUUCGUAACCGCUCUGAUUGUAAGGAUAUCGACUGGGCCACAUACACAUGUGUACUGGGAUUCCAUGUCUUUGGAGUGUGGCCCGAGGGUUCUGACGGAACAGACAUCAACGCUCUGGUCAGAUCUCACAACAGGAAAGUCAUCGCUCUGGCUGAUGAUUUCUGCAAGGUGCAUCUGUUCCAGUACCCCUGCUCCAGACCUAAGGCCCCAAGUCAUAAGUACAGUGCCCACAGCAGUCACGUGACCAACGUUAGCUUCAUGCACAACGAUAGGCACCUGGUGUCGACAGGCGGCAAGGACACCAGCAUCAUGCAGUGGCGCUGCGUGGGCAUGAGCGAUCCUCUGCAGAACUCGAGCACACGAGUCCAGGCCAUAGUGGCUGCUGUUCCCACCUCUCUGCCGAUCACCAGAAUGGAUCCGAUCUCCAAUACACCACCCCCGACCCCAACUGAGUUGCUGGAUGCCACCCCUAAUGGACAGCAAGAAGACCACCAAACUACGCCUUCCGCAGAUGAGCCCACACCCACGUCCGACAGCACCGUGAGCCCAAAGGACAGCCUGGAGCCAAGCGACGACACAGCCACGCCCAGCGACGAGGGCACACCCUUUACUCCACCCUCUUAAAUCUGGUGUCCGAGGUGAUUAGCCCUGGUCUCCAUUCGAGUUCUCCACCCACAGGCACUAGGCUUGCCGUGAAGGCUAUAGCGCAUGCACAGGGGCUCCUUAAGGUUUUAAUCUUUUCAGGUUCUUUCUAUGUUUCUUUCAACACGUGUUUGUAUGUCGUUAAUCCGAGAGGGAGAAAAGAGGCAAAAAUGAAUGAAGUAUCCUUGUGUUGCCCAGGAGGAAUCGUGCUUCAAGUAUGUAGAUAAAAAAGCUGUCGCAAACUGACACUAGUAUGCCCGGAUACACUGAUACACACAAACACUACACAAACAUGAGGUUUACUCACACAUACACACGGGGGAACAUACCAAAACAAAAGAGAAAAAAACAAGGAUUUAGUAAAUUAUGGAAUGAACCUUAACAUAGAAUAAAAUAUCUGCCAGUAUAAAUGCAAAGUAUAGCUGAAAUGAGUGAAAUUAAAUAUAGGCUUAUGUUAAGACAUUUAAACUAAUCAUUUACUCUGUUUUGUGAAUAAUGAGGAGUUUCAAAGUAUUUUUGUUGUUGUGAAAUGCCUGCAUAGCAUCUUUUCCUGAGCCAAGAAUCUAUUGAAAAUGCCAGGCAGGUUAACACUGACUCAUUGAAUGGACUCAAACUCACUCACUCAACUCAUUGGCUUCUACACAAGUUAGCAUCAUCAUGGACAAAUUUUAAGCAUGGCAUGAAGCUAAUAAUUAAAUGUUCAUGAUCAACCAGGUAUAUUAUCAAUCAGUCUAUUAACACAUAUGCACACACAUACACACAUAUGUAUACACACAUGUCCACACACAGUUUUUCUGAGGCUGCAGUUUGUUAAAAUUUUCUUCUGGACUUCAUCUCGUGCGUCUCUGAAGCUCUGGCCAGCACAGUGUAUGCAGAUCAGCUCAGCAGGCUGUCUCGACGUAUUCAGCACGGAUCGUCUCGUAAAAACAUCCUCGAACAGACUUCAUCUAAACUCUUCAUGCCCAUAUCUCUUUCCGUUUUUGUGAUUCAUUUUCAGACGUUUAAUUUCCCCUUUAAUCUAUUCAUUGAACUGUUUUUUUUUGUGUGUGUUUUUUUAUCUUGAGAGUAGAUUAAAUGAGUCUUAAACGUG